AUGUUUGAAAAAGGAUCAUCAUCAUUAUCUCCUUUAUCAUCAUCAUCAACAACAAUAGUUUAUAAUAAUAAUCAUAAACAUUUAAUAGAGAAAGAAGAAUCACAACAAGAAUUUAAAAAAAGAAUGAAGACUAAAGUAAUACCUAUUACACAAAUCACAAAAGAUCAACAAUCAUACAACCCCAAGUAUUACCAUAGUGUAGACUUGGAGGCUAUUGACAAGGACACUAAAGAGUUUUAUAAUGUUGUAGUGGCCAUUGGAGACAAAGAUAGCACAGACACUGCAACCAUUGAAAUCACAAAGGUUGAGCAAAAGUUAUUUCAAAUACUAUUGGAUGUUGCCAAGGUGAACAAUUGCAACACGACACUUAGAGUAGCAGGUGGAUGGGUACGAGACAAGCUUCGUGGUGACAAUAGUCAUGAUAUUGAUAUUGCAUUGGAUAAUAUGAUGGGUGAAGCAUUUGCAGCACUCGUAAACAAAUACCUAGAGGAUCAUCAUCAAGAAACACAUCGUAUUGGUGUCAUUCAAUCAAAUCCCGAUCAAUCAAAGCAUCUUGAAACUGCUACUGUUAAAAUUUUUGAUUCUUGGGUUGAUUUGGUUAAUCUUCGUUCUGAAACUUAUUCUUCAAAUUCAAGAAUCCCUGAAAUUAAAAUUGGAACACCAGAACAAGAUGCGUUUAGAAGAGAUUUAACAAUUAAUUCAUUAUUUUAUAAUGUAAAUGAGAAUAGAAUUGAAGAUUUUACUGGAAAUGGUAUUGUUGAUUUGAAAUGUGGUAUUGUUAGAACUCCUCUUCCACCAUUGACAACCUUUUUGGAUGAUCCAUUACGUGUACUACGUUCAAUUAGAUUUGCAACAAGACUCUACUAUGCAAUCGAUCAUAAAUUGGUAGAAGCUGCAUCAAACCCAACAGUAAAAGAAGCUCUUAAAUCAAAAGUUUCUCAUGAGCGUAUUGGUAUUGAAUUGGAUGGAAUGUUAAAUGGUCCAAGACCUGAUUUGGCAAUUCAAUUAAUUUAUGAAUUUGGUUUAUUUGAUCAUGUUAUUAAUAUUCCAGAUUCAAUUGAAAUACAAGAUAAAGAAUAUAAAUAUAAAUCAAUAUUAAAUGUAUUAAAUAUGAUGAGAUUUAUAAAUUGGGGAACACAAGCAGAAGAAGCUUCAACUAGAAAGACAAGAUUAUUGGCAAGUUUAUGUGCAAAUAUUUAUGGAUACACAUUCAAGAAUCCAUUGAAAAAGAACAAGGAUACACCCAUUUUACAACACGUCUUGGUAGACUAUCUCAAAGUAUCAAACAAGGAAUGUGAUGAAAUUACAAAUGUUUUGGAAUGUGCUAAAUUAUUUAGACCAUUGGUCAAUCAAUUCUACACCAACCAUGUAUUUUCUCGAAAGUCUGUUGGUUUGGUAAUUUACAAGGCAGGUCCAUUUUGGAAAAGUUCAUUGGCAAUUGCUUUGAUUUCAGAAUUGCCAGAAUUUCAACAUAAUCUUGUAUAUCCCCUUCACAAGGAAGAAAUUAAUAAUUCUCCAUCUCAUGAUUUUUAUCUUCAUCUUUCACAUCCUAAUCAUCAUCAUCCUCCUUUAUGUGAUGAAUCAAAGGAUAUUGAAAUUAAAUAUGAUCAAUUUUGUGCUACAGUAGCAAACCAUGAUUUGGUUGGAGUUUGGAAUAUCAAGAAAUUAUUAAAUGGUAAACAAGUGAUGGAUAUGCUUCAAAGAAAACCAGGUGAAUGGUUGACACCACUAUUACAAGAUGUAUUUGAAUGGCAACUAGAUAAUCCUCAACUUGGUGAAAAGGAAUGUAAAGAAUAUGUAUUAUCAAAAUUCUCUCCUAAAUAG